AACACAUGUUCCAAGAUGAUGAUUGAUUUAAGAGUCAAUCUCAGACGGUCGUCGCUGUUUAGUCUUCGUUAGUGCUCAUCUGUGCUGCUUAGGACGGUCGACGUGCGCGUGUGCUUUUGUUAGCUUGGAUUCGCCGUCAUUCGCUCACACGCAGCUCGAGGAAGAAUGGCCGAACUUCAUUUUCGGAGUCGACAUUGUCCACUAGGGAAGGACAACCUGCCAAAGUGUUUUUUUGUUGGCCUACUUCUGCUUUGGGUCGCUUCACUCGUGCAAAGCGCCGCUGCGGUCACAGUGACCGAAGUUCGUUUACAGACGGAUUCAGCGACGCAAGAUCAGUUUGUCCUAGAAGGCGAACCGGCCAGUCUCGUGUGUUUUUUUCAACUGAAGCCCAAUGAAGAAAUUCAGAGAGUCACGUGGAUUAAGGACGGGACGGACGAAGUCUACGUAUGGAGACGAAAGUUCCAGCCUCUGGCCAGGCUCCUCUUUCAGGACAGAACUGAUCUGUUGAACAGAUCACCAUCAUUUGUAAAGAUCGACUACGCUCAUCGGUCGAUGCAGGGAAACUACACGUGCCGAGUGGAAACGGACAAGGGUGUCUCAGAAAACGACUUUUACUUGAUAGUGAUCGUCGACUCGUGCAAAGAAAAGUCGUGGACAACGUACUCCGACAGAAUAGGUUGCACCGAAGAAAUUCGACUCGAUUGUACUGGCAUGUUUCCCAAACCUUCUCCUGCGUGCGGCGUGUACAACGAGGCAACGCAAUCCUAUUUGUCGACUGUACCUUUCGACACUGUGAAGCCAGUUAAUGGAACAUAUGAUGUACAACUGCAUAGGAUAUUCAGGAUCAAAGAUUGGAUCGAAUACCGGAACAUAUCGUUUCGGUGUCAUGUCAUUGUUCUGGGCACUGAGUGGAGAACUGGAAUGACGCACCGGCUCUUCGGCGAUCCCGGCUGUUUGAAGGAUCCUCCGGAAGUGAGGAACGGCUCGUUCAACCUCACGGGUGAACUAUCGUGUUGGGGCACGCCGGCUGAAGGUGCCGUAGUCCAGUACUCAUGUCCAGCCGGCUUCAACGUUCGAGGGCAUUCCAAGAUGGUGUGCAAGAACGGCACCUGGGUCGGGGUCAUAGGAAACCGGAACCUCGACGAGUUGAACUAUUCCCCGUCGGAAGUUAUCAGCUGCGGUAAGUUUGCCGACCCAAUGCCGCAUCAUUCUCAAAUGUCGGUGGUUGCUCCUAAAUAUGGAAGCGCAGCACGCGAACGGAGCAUCGACUGA